UUUUUCCGGUUUUCUGUUUUUCUAAACCCUGACAAAGAAAACUAAACCCUAGUUUUAUUGAACCACAGAGGAAGCUAAAGUCUAUCAGAAAAAUGGGAAAAAGAGACAAACAACAAUCACAACCAUCGUCCAACGACCUUCUUGAAACCCUAGGUGACUUCACAAGUAAAGAAAACUGGGACAAAUUUUUCACUAUUCGUGGCGCCGAUGACUCCUUCGAAUGGUACGCAGAGUGGCCUCAGCUCCGACAACCUCUUCUCUCCCUUUUCGCCAAUGACGAUUCUCCGGUGCAAAUUCUGGUGCCUGGUUGCGGAAAUUCGAGAUUAUCGGAGAAUUUGUACGAUUUAGGGUUUAAGGAUAUUACGAAUAUUGAUUUCUCGAAAGUUGUGAUUUCUGAUAUGUUGAGAAGGAAUGUUAGAGACCGGCCUGGUAUGCGGUGGCGUGUUAUGGACAUGACUGACAUGCAGUUUGCAGAUGAGACAUUCGAUGUUGUUCUUGAUAAAGGUGGAUUGGAUGCUUUAAUGGAGCCAGAACUUGGGCCUAAAUUAGGGACCAAAUAUUUAUCUGAGGUGCAAAGAGUUCUGAAAUUUGGCGGGAAAUUCAUUUGUCUAACACUAGCUGAAUCUCAUGUUCUAGGUUUGCUUUUCUCUAAGUUUCGCUUUGGGUGGAAAUUGAAUAUUCAUGCUAUUCCUUGGAACCUGGCUAGCAAGCCUAGCCUUCGUACUUUUAUGGUGGCUGCUGAGAAAGGAAAUUUGAGUGAUUUGCACCUCAUAAUGUCAUCCUUCGAUCAUUAUACUGUCGGUUGCAGUGGAAACCAGGCCGCCAGUCUGCAUGAAGCUCUUGAAAAUGAGAAUCGGAUUCGUAAAGAAUAUUCCAGUGGUUCUGAUAUAUUGUACUCUCUUGAAGAUCUGCGAUUAGGAGCUAAAGGGGACUUGACAAAGCUUAGCCAAGGUCGUCGGAUUCAGCUUACUUUGGGUGGGCAAGGAGGCUCUCGUUUCACUUACAAAGCUGUGCUUCUUGAUGCAAAGGAAAAUUCUGCCCCAUUCUCAUUUCAUUGUGGCAUUUUCAUUGUGCCUAAGACCCGAGCUCAUGAAUGGCUGUUCUGUUCGGAAGAAGGACAAUGGAUGGUUGUUGAAAGCUCACAAGCAGCUCGCCUAAUUAUGGUUAUACUGGACAGCAGUCACACUAGUUCUACGAUGGAUGAUAUUCAGAAGGAUUUAUCUCCUCUGGUUAAACAGUUGGCACCUGGGGAAGGUGACAAUGGAGCACAGAUACCUUUCAUGAUGGCAGGUGAUGGGAUCAAACAAAGAAAUGUUGUCCACGAGGUUACAUCUUCAUUAACUGGUUCAAUUAUUGUUGAAGAUGUGGUUUAUGAAGAUGUUGAUGAUGAUGUCAGUUGCCUUUUGCCAUCCAAAGAUUUGAUAUUCCGGCGCCUUGUCUUUCAACGAACUGAGGGCUUGGUGCAAUCUGAAGGUCUUCUUAAAAGGGAUGAAUUCUGCAACAAAAUAUCCGGAAUAGACAAGAAGAAAAAGACCUCAUCUUCCAAAUCCAAGAAAAGGGGAAAUAAAAAACAAAAUGAUGAAUCAAGCAACCAGCUGAAGGUUUAUCAUGACUAUUUGGCUAGUUCUUAUCAUACAGGGAUCAUUUCUGGCUUUAUGUUGAUUUCUUCUUAUUUGGAAAGUGUGGAAUCGGCUGGGAAUACAGUUAACACAGUUGUAGUAGGUCUUGGAGCUGGUUUGCUUCCUAUGUUUCUCCAUGGAUGUUUGCCUUUCUUGCACCUUGAGGUGGUGGAGUUAGAUCCUGUGGUACUUGCUCUUGCAAAGGACUACUUUGGUUUUAUUGAAGACAAACACUUGAAGGUGCAUAUUACUGAUGGGAUUAGGUUUGUUAGAGAGGUGAAAAAUUAUGCACCAGCUGAUAGAAAUGAGGUUGCUUCUGGCAGUUCGAAGCCUUGUCAAAACCAUGCAGAGGGCAGCAGUAGUCCAGGGAUUGAUGUACUUAUAAUUGAUGUGGACUCUUCAGACUCAAGCUCUGGAAUGACUUGCCCAGCUGCAGAUUUUGUGGAAGAGUCUUUCCUUCUGACUGUAAAAGAUUCUCUUUCUGAGAAAGGUCUCUUUGUUGUAAAUUUGGUGUCGAGGUCCUCAGCUAUUAAAGAUAUGGUUAUUUCAAGGAUGAAAACGGUCUUCAGUCACCUCUUCAGCCUUCAGCUUGAGGAAGAUGUCAAUAUGGUCCUUUUUGGUCUCUGUUCAGAAUCUUGUAUGAAGGAGGAUUCCUUCCCUGAGGCUGCCCUCCAGCUUGAGAAAUUAUUGAAAUUCAAGCACCCAGAAAUAGGCCAAAAAGUUAUAGAUACCACAAAGAAGAUCAAGUGUCUGAAAUGAAAAUUAUCAGUGGAUGCCCCCAAGUAAAAACUUGUGCUGUAGCUUGUAAAGACAAAACGAGGAUUUAUUAAAGUUUGCUGUAACUUACCUGUUCAUCUUUUUCCUUUUGUACUGUACUGCUGUCUUCAUUGAUAAUUCUGAUCUGAGAAGACCUCGCUUAACAACGCCUAAUACGAGUUUUGAUAAGAUUUUGAUGAAAA